GUCUCUUCCAACCCUAAUCUUCUGUGAUUCUAUGACCAAACUCUCUCUGGAACACUCCCACACCAGCUCAUAUUUCCUGGACACCACAAUCUGCUUCAGCAACGGAACCCUACAGAAAACUAUAUAUAAGAAACCCAUGGAUCACCACAUCUAUCUUCAUAGAUCCAGUAACCACUCCAAACACCAAGAAAUCUGCCUACAGCCAGGCACUCAGAUACCACAGAAUACGCUCCGAGGAAAAAGUGCAGGAAAUACACCUUAGCACACUCAAAGCCACCUUCACCAAACAAGGACACUCAACUAGAGAAGUAAAUCGCAUCCUGGAACAGGCCAAAUACUCCAAGAGAACCUGCUUCAAUACAGAAAUCCAAACCUCCUCUGACCACACCCCCCUAGUUGUCCACCAUACUGGAACCCAUAUGAUCAUCAAACUGCUACAACUCAUUCUCGAUGGGGACCCCAACCUGUAAGAAAUCUUUCCUGAACCUCCUCUUCUGGCCUUCAAACAACCCCUAAUCUCUCCAAUCUCAUCAAAAGCAAGCUCCCCACAGACUAGGACACACCAAUAGUAUCUACUCCCAGCCUAAUGAGAAAUACACUACAAACUGAUGUUAUUCCCUGAGAUCACAUUGACCUGACAAUAUCACAGCUAUCUCCUUUAAUGCUGUGUGCCCCUGCUUCCUAAAGAGAAAGCAACAUGUUACAUACAAUCUAAGGGCCACCUUGACCUCUCUUAUUUCUAAACUACUUAUAACCUUUUUCCUUUUGGGAAUUCAUCAAAUGAUGUGACAGAGAGAGAGAUUUCAUCACAAGUACUCUUAUUGAAAUUACUGGUUUUAGCUGUUAACAAAUCUCACAAAUCUCAGUGGUGUAUGUAGCCAGCUAAGCACAUACACUGGUCACAUGGUACCAAGAAUGCUACUAAAAGCAAAGCAUUUUUUGUUUGGAAAUAUCCGUUCACUUUCACCAGAAAGAACUGGUGAGUGUAAACUGGUGAGCGCAGUGUAUAAUCUUAUUACACAAGCCAGAUGUGUCCUGGCUAAAUUCUGUUAUUGGUAAUUUCAUUCUAUUAUCUAUACUUCCUCUUGCAGUUUCAGCUAGAUAUAUAGUCUUCACUGCCUAUUCUAAAAUGCAAUGGCAAAGAUGAUGAUCUAGUGCCCCUCACUGAACCCUGGUGCUUUUCUUCAAACUGGAUUAUUCUAUAUGGAAAGGAGAGAGAGCAAGGUGGAAGUGGACAAUGGCCCUAUCAGUUGAAAGGCACCUACGAUGCCAGCAAACUACAGUUUGACCACAAAGAGAGUAGCGAAUUUCUUUGACUAACAAUAUGAGGAAUAUAAACAGAUGAGUAACACUGGGCCUCCAUCAAAUUGGCAUUGAACUGUCCUGGAAGAAUUCUAUACUUAUGGGGCCAGAUUCUGCCACUGUUCCUCAUGUUGAGUAGUGACUUACUCUGCAAGAAUUUCCCUUGAUUUCAGUGGACCUACACAGACUGAGCUACUACUAACAUAAGGGGGACAGAAUCUGACCCAGAUUGAGGGAGCGUGAAUGGACUAUUCUUCAUAUACUGACUUGCUACUGAUGCAUUAAUAGUAAGAAGAAAGAACCAGUAACACCAUGAAAAGAAUGAGCUUUACAUGAAGUGUUUCCUCGUGAUAUCCCAUCUGUCUGGCUUCUCACUGAGCAGCAGAGCGGGCAGCUCUCAGGUUACCAGGGCAGAGUGGGGUGCGCACUGGGGCCCUGCUCAGGGCACAGGAAACUUGCUGCCGCUGAGAACAGAGCUCUUACCAGCAGCACAUCCGUGUCUCCACUGCUUUUGUGCUGCUGCACAACUCAUUUCUCUCAGCUUCGGAAGGUGAAAACAAUUUUUGUGUUCCUGGAGGAGCAGAGUUACUUCAGGAUUCAGAAUGAAGAGAAACAGCCUGCCCUUCUGCUGCGUCUCCCUUUGGUUGGUUUUCACAGCAGUGAUACUUCGAGGUGUGGAGUCUGCACAAGGAAAAUAUGCUCAAAUGCUAUUCAGUGAACUGUUUGGAGACUAUUCAAAUGCUCUGAGACCAGUGGAAGACACAGAUAAAGCACUGAAUGUCACCCUUCAGAUCACGUUGUCCCAAAUUAAAGAUAUGGAUGAAAGAAACCAAAUUUUGACUGCGUAUUUAUGGAUUCGACAAAGUUGGUAUGAUGCAUAUCUCAAGUGGGACAAAGAUGAAUAUGAUGGGUUGGAUUCUAUCAGGAUUCCUAGCAACCUGGUGUGGAGACCAGACAUUGUCCUGUAUAACAAGGCUGAUGAUGACUUUUCAGAACCAGUGAACACAAAUGUAGUAUUGAGAUAUGAUGGAAAAAUUACUUGGGAUGCACCAGCUAUAACAAAGAGUUCAUGUGUGGUGGAUGUUUCUUAUUUUCCCUUUGAUGACCAGCAGUGUAACCUUACCUUUGGUUCCUGGACCUACAAUGGUAAUCAGGUAGACAUAAUAAAUGCUUUGGACAGUGGAGAUCUAUCUGACUUUAUAGAAGAUGUGGAGUGGGAGAUUCAUGGGAUGCCAGCUGUUAAGAAUGUAAUCACGUAUGGCUGCUGCUCUGAGCCGUAUCCAGAUAUUACAUUCACACUGAUCUUGAAAAGGAGGUCUUCCUUCUAUAUAUUUAACCUGCUGCUCCCUUGUGUUUUGAUCUCUUUCCUGGCCCCACUGGGAUUCUACCUUCCUGCAGAUUCUGGGGAAAAAGUGUCGCUUGGCGUUACAGUUCUGCUUGCUCUAACUGUAUUUCAGCUAAUGGUUGCAGAAAGCAUGCCUCCUUCUGAAAAUGUGCCCUUGAUAGGCAAAUAUUACAUAGCAACUAUGACAAUGAUUACAGCAUCCACUGCACUGACCAUCAUUAUAAUGAAUAUCCAUCACUGUGGAGCAGAAGCCCAACCUGUUCCACAAUGGGCCAGGGUGGUUAUUUUGGACUACAUGUCAAAGAUCUUUUUUGUUUAUGAUGUGGGUGAAAAUUGUACAAGUCCACAAAGAGUGAAAGCACAAGAACAUAAAUUAAGAAAGGAUUUUAAGUAUCAGAAAAAGCAGGACAGACACGAGGGGGUGACCAGUCAACUUUCCAGGAACAGAAACAAUGACAGUGAUCUAAAGAAGAAGCUAAAUGGACAUUUAAAUAACAGUAAUGGAAUUCAAUGUGAAAAUGCUAAGGAUGCUGUUAACUGCUGCUCCUGUUAUAAAGUACUGAUAAAGAAUAUUGAGUAUAUUGCUAAUUGCGUCAGAGACCACAAAGCAAACCGCGCGAAAGGAAUUGAGUGGAAAAAGGUAGCAAAAGUGAUGGACAGAUUCUUCAUGUGGAUUUUUUUUAUUAUGGUCUUUUUCAUGAGCUUCCUGAUUAUAGGCAAAGCAAUUUAACUGAAGAUACUAGAGUGUAUUUAUUUUUAUGUAUGAAGGGAUGUUUAGCUAGUUUGCCUUGAUGGUACUUUGUUACUGAGGGAUGUAUCUGAGGUUUCUGUAUCUUUAAUUCUGUAAAAACAAACAAAAUAAUUUGAGAGAUUGCCAUUACGUGAGUCAUCUUGUCAGAAUGAUUCCAUCAGAUCAGAGGCAUCCAAACUUUGCUCAGCUAAGGUCAUAUUAGCAACUUGCGAGGAGUUAAGGGCGGAGUCUAACUUGCAUUAAACUGAACAGUUGCAACUGCCAUUAUCUGUAACAUGGAAGUGCACCCUAUGAAAGAGCGCUGGACAAGUAUGUUGUACUCUGUCUUGAUUAAAACAGGUUAUGGCCUUGGAUUGGCUCAGGAAGGAGCACUGUGUCCUAGGAGCAGUGAUCCCAAUGGGAUGCACCUCCAUAUUAAAGAUAAUAGAAUUCCAAGGGCUGCAUUUAAUCUGUGGCCUGCAGUGUGGCCAACUUGCUGUUAGAUGGAAAAACACACUCUAAAUGUGAAUGUUUGACAAUUCCCCUGAGACCUUCCCUGCCUAGCUGCUACUAUCUCUUCCUCCCUCUUUCAUUCCCUCAUUUUGCCUCAUCCUUUUCUUCUGGCUUCUUCCAAUGAAUGUUCAAACAUGUUUAUGUCCUAACACCCACCUGCCUCUAACUACUGUCCCAUCUCCUUCUUCCCCUCUCAAUUCUUUGAACUGGUUAAAAACAAUAGCUGCCUUGAUUUCCUUCCAGCUAAUUCCUGCCUGGAUCCCUUCCGGUAUUACUUUUUUACACCAUCAAAACCGGGCUCACCAUGAUUUCUAGGACUUUUUUCUGGCUAAGUCUUGCACCCUCUUCCCUAUCAUUCUCCUUGAACUUUCUGCUGCCUUUGAUGCUGUUUCCCUAUUUCCUCCUUGAUUCUACAUCUUCCCCUGUAUUUGCACAGUGUAAAGAUGUACUGUAUAGGGGUGGGAGGGGGGCUGAUCCUGUUUGGAACCUUUAGGUACUACCCUAAUACUGCUAAAGCAUGGAGUUGUGACUUCUGGUCUUUGUUCAACAUUGCUCAUUCUGUUACUUCAUCCUCCCACCCAUCCCGUCUCAUUUAUCUAUCUUGCCCAUUUGUUGCAUCCUGUUUUGGUAUCUAGAUUGUAAACUCGCUGGGCUAGGAUCUGUUUUCUUUGGCACUUGCCUAUGCAACAUCUAGCACAAUAGGUGUGAUUAUCGGGCGACUCCCUUUACUCUAGUACAAAUCAUAAAUUUUAAACAGUUUUAUUAAACUGAUGUGACAGUCAGCCAAUUGAUUAUACAAAACUGUCUCCUUGCUCAGCACAUCUACUGCUUGUGUGUUUGUUUGCUUUAUGGACAAACAAUUCUUUUAAUGCUUUUUACUCCUUUUAGCCCUGCAGACCUUGUAUGCCUAAGGAAGAUUCCCCUUGCAGUGAAGCUAGAAGCUGAUACACAAGGCAUACCGAGGGCAAGUGAAUGACCUUUACUAAGCACCUUGAGCUUUGAAACCAUGAUAUUCUAGAUGCAGUGAGAGACGCAGAAUGACACUGAAAUGGAUCCCAGUCAAAAGUUCAUGUGACAACACUCAUUUUCAUAAUUGUUGCAACUAAUAUGAGCGCACCAGUGAAGAUGUAAUUUAAGAUGCUGAGGAGUCAAACAGCAGAGCGUUGUCAUUGUUAUCCAAAAACUCAUUGGAAGAAAGGGAUUUGUAUUAUCAUGUAAAUGAUACACUGAAUUCUUAAUGACUGGUUUUGUCUCUUGUGUGGAAUAAUUAAAGCUGUAAGCCUAUCUGGAUUCUCAUACAUAAUGCAAGCCAUAAAUGCCUAGGUUCUAGUGUAAAGAUAAUUUGAGUAGCUAUCAGAAUAAACUAAGUAUCUGACGAAAUAUUGGAAGUUCUUUGAACCACACCAUGAGUUCCCUGGAAAUCAGGCACUUUCUGGUACAUAUUCUAUUCAGAAGUCAAACUGUACAUUUUCACAGUGCAGACAGAUGGCACCAUCCAUUUGCUGUGGACGUCAAUGCUUAGCUUUAUGGCAUAUGUCUGAGGAAAUGAAUGUGUUCUGUGCCAUGGAAAAAAUACUGUUCAAAGGUAUGGGAAGAGGAGAAAUAUUGAAGAUGAGGCUAAAAUGUUGAGAGACUUCAAACUGCAUUCAAUAUGCAUAAGUGCACUAGCUGUAAAAUUUACAUGUGCAAAUAUAAGCGUGCAGAUAUCUGUGGAGCUUGUGCUUUUUGAAAUAAAAAUUGUGCCCCUGUUUUUCCCCUUCAAGGAAUGUAAGGGUUAGAAUAUUUUGCACUUCCCUACUACCUUCUGUUUGACGAUCUCAAAGCAUGAGAGAAUUACCUCCCUCACAGGAAGGGUGUUAAGGAGUGACUUGAUUACAGUCUAACAACGUACAUGGGAGACAAAAUUAGAUAAAAGAGGGGGCUCUUCACUCCAGCAGACAAAUGUAUAACAAGAUCCAAUGGUUGGUAGGUGGCUAGAUUAGAAAUAAGGUGCAAAUUUUUAACAAUGAGGGUAAUUUAACUAUUGGAACAAUUUACCCAGCGUUGGGAUGGAUUCUGUAUCACUGGAAAUCUUUAAAUAAAGACUGGAUGUUUUUUCUCACAGAUAUACUCCAGCUCAACUAUAGCUAUUGGACUUGAAGCAGGAAUUAAUUAAAUCCUAAGGCCUCUGUUAUAUAGGAAGUCAGACUAGAUCAUCACAGUGGUUCUUACUAGUCUUAAAAUCUAAGCGAAUCUAUGACCUUGGGCAGGUGAUGGCGAAACUGAGGCACAGAGAGGUUAUGUGACCUGCCCAAGGUCUCUCACAAUGUCUGUAGCAGAAAAUGAAACAGAAAGCAUAUGUCCUGACAUGACUGACCUCCACUGCUGUGUUUUACCUCCCCAAAACCCUUCUAGCCUUUCUAGACUCCUAAGCACUGCAUUCAGCCUGUGGAAUCUGGGAGGUCAUUUCUCUUUUAAUUCUUCCACUACUUUGGUACCUUAUGUCUGUUAUAAGUGCUGCCCUAUCAUAAUUUCUAUUCCCAGAUGUGGUCUUCGGGCCAAAAAGUUUGCCCACUCCUGGUUUAAAGUACUAGUAACUCUGCGGAGGAGAGCUGGGAGUCUCCUGUUUCAAAAGAAUGACUGUUUGAUGUACAAUCCAGUUGCAGGAGGAGGGCUGGGACCUCCUGAACUGGGGCAAGAAAACCUAUUGGGGCUCUAAUAUGGGCCCAGAGUGGGUGUGAACCUGAGCAACCAAGAGGUGAGUUAGUUGUUAAACCAGAACCACAGACGGGAUAUAGGUUUUUAACUAAUCUGUCCUGGGUAAUUGAUUGAAAAAACCUGAGUGGGUGCUGCGUAUAAGGCAUCUGCAAGGGGGCAUGCCUGAGAGCAGUGCAUGACACCUGCCUUCUCUUGUGUAACAGAACUGUUCUAGUUAUACUGCCAGGAACUCCUCCUGUGGGAUCUGCCCCAAAGGAGGUAAAAUCCAGGAGUAGAAAUCCUGCAAGGUGGGGUUUUCAGAGAACCAGAAUCACAUAGCCUGUAAGUGAAAAUUACAUCCCAACAUCAUACACAUUUGUAGUAAUAAUAGCAUAGUUGCUAAUAGUCAGCUCAUACAUUCCAGACCAAUACACUAACUGCAAACAUCUCUCAUAUUGCAUAGAGUAAAAAUUGUCCUAGACCACAUCAGCUGAGAGCAUUGGGAAUCUAAAUUGUAUACAAUAUUUUUAGUGUUGAAUGAAGACCGAGGAAUCUAAUAUUCUCGUUGUCUCGCUUUCCUUCUCCCCUUCCCUUUUUAUGUGUCUUUCACACACUUCCAAUAAUCUUUGAAGACUAACUAAUACAAUGAUGAAUGUAUGUGAUUACAAUAAUAAAGAGAAAUAUGUAUUAAUGCACUCAGAUGAGAAGCCUUGCUGAGAAUUAAGACUGUAGAAUGACAUUCUGGUUAUAUUUGCUCCGAAGGAUAAUGAAGGCUGUAAAUAUUGUUUGUGAUCUGUAUGCUGUGCCCUGAGUAUGCUGUACUUUUAAGUACUGUGGGCCAGUAGGAAGGGGGGCUGUCCCAGCAGGAUCUCUGGGCAGCUUUGCAGUGCAAUGGUGCUCAGAGCUUCAGGGAAUAUGGCUGCUGUGCUACUUUUGUGUAAAGAACAAGGCUUGUUCCCUUCUGUUCCUGGUCAGCACUGCUAGCUGAAACAGAGGCCCACUCCUGUCCUUAUAUUAGAGAGGCUUAUGCUGACAGUAGCUCUCACCUUGUAUAGUCUUUUUGCUUAGGGAAAUGUAAAGGACACAUUAUGCCUGAUGACUUACAGGCAGCAAUGAGAGGCUCCAGAUGCCUGUUUUCUCUCUGACUCCUUCCUGCACAGCCUGAUAGUCUAAGCUGUUGUAGGGGCAAGGUUGCGGAAGAU